AAUCCUUCUAACUAGCUCCGCGCCAAUAUAUAAAUCGACCACAUUAUUUAGGGCUGUGAGCAAAACCCGUAAUGCGUGUGAGAUAGUGAAUUGGCAAAUGAGAAAGGCAGGCUUUAUACUGUGUCGAAUUUAAGAUAGACUGUUUUUAUUACUGCACACUAAUUUUAUCAAGUUCAGGCUACAUUUCAAGUUUUUAUAAGUGUUAAAUUGCCGCAUCAGUGUUAAACCAAUUUGAUACGUAGUUAAACUUUAGAGGAGCGUUAACAUUUUCUACUCAGAUUGGCGAGAUGCCGAGAACGCUAAUUGCUUUCAUGCUUUGGUUUUUCAGCUCACAGAGUUUCGUGGGAGCUCAGUUUCCCAGAGCUUGCUCUACGGUAGAAGCGAUUGUCUCAAAGCAGUGCUGCCCUCUUCUUAGCUCGAAUCCCGCAGACAUAUGUGGGGCUUUGUCAGGGCGAGGAAACUGUACAAAUGUGCGAGUGGUCGACAAACCCUGGAGCGGACCUUACCAAUUGCGAAAUGUCGAUGACAGGGAAAGAUGGCCUUUGAAGUUCUUCAACCGGACCUGCAGGUGCUCGGGGAACUUUGCUGGGUACAAUUGUGGAGAGUGUAAAUUCGGCUGGAUUGGGCCGAACUGUGAACAGCGAAAGCCUCCUGUAGUACGAAAGAACAUCCACACUCUGAGUGCCGCAGAGCUGGCGGAGUUCCUCGAUGUCCUGGAUCAGGCAAAGAACACCGUCCAUCCAGACUAUGUCAUUGCCACCCAGCACUGGCUGGGCCUGCUGGGACCCAGUGGGAAUGAGCCACAGUUUGCCAACAUCACAAUCUAUAACUAUUUUGUGUGGCUUCACUACUACUCUGUCAGAGACACACUUCUAGGACCAGGUCGUCCAUUCAAAGCAAUUGACUUUUCACACAAAGGACCAGCUUUCAUCACCUGGCACAGAUACCAUCUACUUCAGCUGGAAAGAGAUCUGCAGAAGCUGACUCGGAAUGAGAACUUUGCCAUUCCGUAUUGGAACUUCGCUACAGGAUUGAGUGAAUGCGAUGUGUGCACUGACUCUCUCUUGGGAGGACGCAGCUCCAAUGACCCGUCUCUCGUCAGUCCUCAGUCAAGGUUCUCAAACUGGGAAAUUGUUUGCAACAGUUUGGAUGAUUACAACCGUCUGGUCACCCUAUGUAAUGGAACAAAUGAAGGUUUUCUGAGGAGAGAUCAGUUUAGUACGAGGAACUUCAGUUUACCAACUAUGAAUGAUGUCAGAAGUUGUCUCAACCUUCGGGACUUUGACAGUCCUCCUUUUUUCACAAACUCAACUUUUAGUUUCAGAAAUGCUUUGGAAGGCUAUGAUGCUCCAACUGGUGAAUUAGAGUCAUCUGUGUCCAGUCUUCACAACCUUGUCCACACUUUCCUCAAUGGAACUAAUGCUUUGUCCCAUUCUGCUGCCAAUGAUCCCAUUUUUGUGGUGCUGCAUGCCUUUACUGAUGCCAUCUUUGAUGAGUGGAUGAAGCGGUUUGUUCCUCCAAAUUCCAGCCUGCCUGAUGAAAUGGCUCCUAUUGGUCAUAACAGAGAUUACAACAUGGUACCAUUUUUCCCACCUGUAACCAAUGAGGAAAUCUUUGUAACUUCAGAAGAAUUGGGGUAUUCUUAUGCUGUUGAUCUUUCAGAUACAGAUGAAUCUGCUGCUACAGUGCUUCUGUGGUCUACUCUGGGUGGAGUGUUCUUGGGUCUCCUUGUUGUUCUCCUCCUGCUGGUACUGUUUUUACAGAAAAGACAAAAGAGUGGCUUUGAACCACUCAUUAAAGCAGAAUUCACAAACAAAAAGUACACCGAAGAAGCAUAGUCAUACAGUAUGUUGCCAAUGCAUAGCUACUACACUGAGUUUUGCAAAGGUUACAAUAGAUUUGCCCAAGAUUCUCUAAAUUCACCAAAGUUAUUGCAGUAGGUCACAGGUGCCACCUAUACAAUAUGUGUCCUCAAGCGCCCCCAGUGUUUUUAAUCAUGUUGUUAAAGAAGGGGUGAAUGCGUUUUUCCUUUGAGUUUGGGAGAUUACCAUAGGAUUCAGUUUGCGCAGUUUAAAUAACUAUUAUUAUCCUGUUAUAAAGUCUUGUACUUUUGUAGUCAGGUUAUUUGACUGUUAGUUAACAUCUAUAUGAUUAAUUUGAUUUGACAUUUAAUAAUUUUAACUGAUGUUCAGAUUAGAAAAAGUUCUGGUCAGAAAAUGUUUUAGUGCAGGAUGAUUGCUUGUAAUCAUUGAACUUCACUAGAGACAGAUUUCAGAAAACAAAUAUAAUUCUGAGAACUAGCCCUACAAACACCACAAACUUCAGUAUUUGCACUUAAAAUGACUUCUGGAAGCGUAACAGGAAGCAAUCUGCCAUAUGCUUAGUGCUCUUGACAAAGCUGGCGCCAGUACUGGAGUAAAACGUAAGCACGGCAGGACAUUUCAGUAAAAGUGUUCUCAUGGCUCAUCUUUCAUACUGAAUAAUUUUCUAUACAGGCAGAAUCUGCAUUAAUCUGUAUUAAUUGGAUUGGAUGAGUGGCAACAGAAAUGUUUCUGAAGCAUGAAUCGGUUGCCAUAAAGUUUCUAGAACAAUAAUGACCAUGCAAAAUACAUGUAGUAGGUUCUGCAUAAAGCAAAAUGUAUUUCAAGGCUUCACAUUCACAGAGAUUCUGUUUCACUGAAAACUAGAGAUGUUAUAAGUAACAGAAGCACAUGUUUUCCUCAACAUGGUCAUACUGUUAAUGAGGGCUUCAGAAAUGCGAAGAAGGGCACCCCCAAGAUUUUUGAAAAGUUGGCAUCUGCUGUAUGCAGUAGGUUGGUUUUGGAUCACUACCAUGCCCAGGUUCCAUAUUCUAACUGUUACUGAUUUCUUUAAAUGAAUCAAGUUCCUAUACAGCAUCAUAUAUGAAUGCUUAAUAUUGAUGCUGAUAGAAUCUGGAGAGAUAAGAAUGUCAGUCCUAAUUGAUUUUUGUUAAUAUGAUUUGAACAAACCACCUUCCCUACAGGAUAUCUAUUACACUUUACAAAGAUCUGUUAAUCAAGGACCUCUUGUGUAUGUUUUGAGUAUUAUUUGUUAGACUGAUGUUUUUGUUAGACUGGGGUUUUGUGCAAUUAAAUUUGUUUGAAGAAUAAACAGAAUUGAAGGGCU